UAGCGCUGGGACCGCGUUCAGUCUGUGUUUGGCGGUGCUUUCGAGCAGUUUUCACAGUGCAGUGCAGUUCCCCGGUCUCAUCAACGCUAGGACACACUUUCGUUUGGGUCGUGGAUUUGGAGUUUCGGACGGCGAUCUAGCGCGUUUGGGAAGCGGUAUUAGGUAAGCUUCCUGUACAACCAUUGUUCCCGUUCACAGAGCGUCUGCAGAGCGAUGGAUGUGUGUGGGUGUGUUCUGUUCGUGUUCUGGAAGGGAUGUGGACAAUCGGCAGGAAUUGGGAAACAUUGAGGUAAAUAAAAUAGGAGUUGUUGGAAGCAGAAAGCGAUGGUUUUGUGAUUCUUGAAGUGAAAGAAAGUUUCGUUGGUCAACUUUGAAUACCUUUUCUUCUUCAUCUGGACAUAGGAUGCUUGCCCUCUUGGGGAAUAGUUUCUUCAUCAGGGAGAAAUGCUCAAUCAAUUACGUGGGAUGCAUAAAGAGGAGCUCUAGAAUUUCUGCUACUUCAAGCGAAUACGACCGAUGCUUUCUAGUGUCCGUUGUAUAGCCGUUAAUGAUGAGCAACUAAGAGAAACGCCCCAUCGCCAGCAGCAGAGCCCUCGAAGGCACCGUUUUCCCAGGCUUGCGUGUCUCCAUUUUAUUUCGCUCGACCACAGUUUACUCCACCUUGUUCUCGGCGCGCCGUACAGUAUAUAAACAGUGAAAAUAAUAACAAUAAAUGUGCAUAAUAUUAUAUAGCCUCCCAAGAGAAGGUGGCGCUUGCCAAUGGCUGUGGCUUUUGCCUGUGUGUGCCUGUGUGUGUGUGAGUUGAGGACAAAUGCCCGAUAGGGAGGAGUUGCAUUUGCGCUCACGGUCAGUUGCUCUACCGGUGGGAAUGCAGCGCGCUAAAUCCUCCCGCUGCACGUGGUCCGUGUUUGUUGUUGUUGUGGUCUGUCUAAGCUCUGGCGCCUUGGAAUGCAGCUGGCGCGUCAACGAAUUCAUUCAUGCCCGUUACUAGAUUCGGACACGAACCGAACGUUCGGCAUUCGGGGCAUUCGCUGUUGACAUGCGCCAACCAAUGGAUGGGGAACGGCGCCAUCGGGGACACGGAGCAACACUCGUACAGCCGGUGUUCGGCAAACGGCCGCCGAAGUUUGACAGUUGCCCAUCAGUGGCGCUCGUGGCUGGAAACGUGAUUGUGGUCAGUGUGGGCUCCGGUAUCUGGCCGGUUAGGCCGAUAUUUGCCCGUAACCAAAGGCCGUGCGUUUGCGUGUGCGCCCGGGGUGCCCGUCCUAUGGCGCCAAAAAAUUCGCCUCUGUACAAUCAACAGUUUAGUGGAGUUAAGAAGCAUUUGGAGUUUUUCUGUUUGUAUACUGAAUGUGUUUGGAAGAAAAGUGUGUUUCAAAUGCACACGUCAUCAUCUUCCUUCUCCGUGGUUUAUCAACAAUCACAACAAUAGUUAAAAAUACCAACUCAAUAGGAGAAAUUCUCAAGCUGGUUGUUUUAUACGUUUCCGGGUUUUUCGAAGAUGACUUCAGUAUCGUCCACAGUUGAUUGAGCACCAAGUGCAAUGGUUUGUAAUCCGGGUUCCGUACGGGUAUGGGAAGCAGGACACAGAUAACACCGAUUCAUUCAGCGAGAACCCCCAUUGGUAAUGUGUGCUGCCAAGCGAAUUCGCGUGAGUAUGAUUUUUGUGUGGGCCAAACCAUCCGUUGGCCAAGGAUGCAGGUAAAUAUGGUGGUUGAUUGACCACUCUCGGUUUAUUCGUUGUUGUUGUUGUACCGCCAUAUCUUCGCGUCUAACCAUUGAGCAAUUCGUCGGACAUCGUCGGACCUCCAUCGAUCCAGCAUCAGUUUUUGCGUAUGUGUGCAUAAAAGUGUGAUAAAACCGCAAAGCCUUCCCAACAAACAAACAAAAACAAACGAUUGGGUCACAUUUUGUUUGUGCUGUCUUUGCCUCACUUACUGAUUGCACGUUUACAUUCCCUUUUACACGCGAUUUACAUGCUUGUGGUCGUUGUUGGAACCAGACCGGAAACGUCGUCCGCGCUGGAGAGUCAGCUGGUGUCCGCAUUUCGGGCCGCGGCCCUGCCGGACAACGAAACGCUGGACCUGCGUCAACCGUCUCCACUCUCGCCGGGCAACGAUCCGCACGCCCAUCACUCCCACCAUCAUCAUGGCGGAACCCUGCCCGACUAUCCCCGGAAGCGGUCCCACCGGCAUACGGAUCUGCCCAGCUUCUUCCAGGGUGCACCCGGCGGGGAGCUGGUGCCGGGCGUUCCCAAGAAGGCCAAAUUUUCGGCCGCAGCAACAGCGGCCGCCGCAGCGGUGGCCGCCAACUACUAUGACAAUGCAUAUCUUUCGUUCGAGAAGAGCCUGCGGGGUGCGUUUGUUGGUGGGGGUGUGGAUGGGAUGGGCGGGGGUUCAGGCUCGUUGCUCGAUGGAUCGGGAGGAAGCGGUGGAGGAACCGGAGCCGGUUCCAGUGAAGUACUCGAUCCGUACGCCGGUGGACAUCAUCUGCUCAGCCCGAUUAACUACACGCUAACGGCUGAGGCCAUCAAUCGGCGCAUCCGAAGCACGCUCGGGCUGGACGAUCAGGACCAGAUGGAGCGAGCCCUUGCCCUGAACAAUGGCAACAAGAGCACACCGGACGACUGCUGCCCGGGGAUGGCCAGUCCGGACUGGAUUAUGCGUCGCCCGGGCUCGGGAAGUACCGGAGGUCCUGCGCUGGCCGAUACGCGCAUCUACACGCACAGCCCGCUACCGCCGGGAACUCCGGGCGCGUUGUACGAGGAGCAGCAGCACAAGUUCGUUGCACCCUUCUCACCGACCAGCUCCGGCACCAUGCACGACGACAACAACAACGUGGACAAGAAAGCGUUCCCGGAGUAGAAGUUUGGGAGGGGAGUGAUGAUUACACAUGAUGAUUCAAGACUUAAAACAAGGGUAGGAUUAUAUACGAUUCACCAUACGUACAUCAACCGUGGGAUGGGAUGCAAUACAGGGGUGCUAAUAAACGAUUGGUCUGUAGGGGGACAUUUUUGUUUCAGACACACGGGACAAUGAAGGAAAUACAAGGUAAUAGGAUAUGUGGAAAAUGAAUGCUGGUUUCAUAGAAACUUCCAUUUUCUUUCAAUUCGUUUGAAGACUUAUUUUUGAUUUUGAAAAUUAAAUUAUUGCCACCUUAAACAAUGCUUCUCUGAUCGUUGUACUGCGCGGCUUUGUUGCUGCAUUGUGACUUAAGAAGGAACAUAUUGAAGAAUGGUGAAAAUGAAACUGAUGCCUAUCAAGACGAUCGAUAAAAAAGAAUCGAUACAGUUUAAAAUGAAAAUGUAAACCACUGAACGAAAAGCUACGAACUAUUAAUAUGCAAACCAAAAAAAAACGAACACAAUUUUGAAUAUUCGAGUCGAGUAAACAACAUAAACACAACGGCGAAGGUUUGAUAAUUCCAGAAUAGAUAAUCAAAAGAAGACCCCCACAGAGACAUACACAUAGACGAAGAAUCUCUUUGCUGAAAAGGAAAACCUUGGUGAUUAAUCUAGACUGAUUAGAUAAUAUACAACACUCAUCGGUAUAUAAAUACAUCCAUAUAUAUAUAUAUAUAUACAACCAAGCAUAUAUAUAUAUAUAUUCGUAGUGAUCGGUAUAAGAGCGAACUGCAGCGGAAGGAAUCAAUUUGGUCCCAGUCCCGUAACUCGUGUAGCGUAACGUACAUUCCGAUUAAUCGUGUAGACAACAGGGAUCGCGAGAAUGAUUGUAAUGAUGAUGUUUGUAAACUCUGACCCUCACCCCCCCCCCCCCCCCCCUUUAGAAACGCAUAACUUAUUGCAUUGGAACACUUGUAUCGAGCUAGUAACAGAAUCACCCGUGAACAGGAGAGCCCCAACCAAUUUGUGACAGUCGUAUGUGGCUUUGGCUAAAACAAAACCAAAAAACCCCAAGGAAGGUUAAAAAUAAAGCACGUUAUAAACAUUCUUGGGCCGA